AUGCCGGUCCAACAACCUCUGAUCGCGACUACAAGGUCAAGCCUCGACCAAGCAGCACCAAAGAUGCGGCUCAGCUCAAGCGCGCAAACUCAAUAUCCUAUAAGGGCGUCCUGGGCAUUUGUACCUCUCCCUUUGGACAGCAGCAGGGGCGCUUCCCCUGGGCGGGCUGAGGAGGAGGCAACCCUCAGCGAAAUAGCCUCAGUGGCUCCGGGCACCUCGGGACGAGCCAGGAUCACGGUGUACUGUGUCGCCGAGUCGUUGGAUCGGGAUAAGCUCGAGUCGCUCAUUCGAAUCAAGCACCCGACUUGGGAGACGCACCGAUACGAGGAUGUGAUACAUGCGCGCCUGCCGGGACCGAUGGCGCUUGGAGGAUGGUACGGCAGUACGAUAGGCGGCGCUGCCGGGGAUGAGGCGGCGGCGACGGCGGUGAUGGGGAUGCCGUCGACGUCGGGGGCUAGCGGCUUAGCGGUGGGGGCCGCUCUGGGGCCCCCCGACGUGUUUUUCUUUGACGAGCUGGCGACUCUGCGCUCCGUGGCGCAAUCCGCGGAGCAAAACCCCCUCACCCGGUACGAGAAGGACGAGUUCACGUUCAACAUCAGCGUGUCGGAGCCGCCGCACAUACAGAACGACACCAUAACCAUCAACCGCCGCCAGGCAACGGACUAUCAGGUCCGCCUAGCCAUUAGCCACGCCCUGGCCCAAUCCACGAAAUUGUCGGUGUACGAGGAGGAGGUAGUGGCGCUGGUUGAGGAGUCAAGACACCUACCCCAGGACCUUGCCGACCACGGCCGCGUGUCCAUGUCCACCAAGAAGCUGACCCAGCUGAUCGGCAAGGUGUUCCUGCAGUCCUCCACCCUCAACCUGCUGUCCUCCGUCAUGGAUACGCCCGAGUUCUUUUGGAGUGCACCAGACCAACUGCAGCACCAUCGCCAACACCACCAGCACCACCACCAGCACCAUCCACUCGCCACCAUCCACUCGCCAACACCAGACUCCACAUCCGCAUCCCUGGUUUCCCGCAACUUACCCGUGUUUCCACCUCCCCGAAUUUUCCCGAACCAUAAGGCCCUGUACGAGCGUGCGUGUGAGUAUUUGGAGCUGGACACGCGUGCCGAGGUGCUCAACGCUCGGUUCCAGGUCCUGCAGGAGAUGCUGGACAUGCUCCGGGACCACAAGAACAACUCCCAUGCUGCCCGCCUGGAGUGGAUCAUCAUCUGGCUCCUGAUGGUGGACGUCAUCCUGAUGCUGUUCCAGCUGCUGAGCCUGUUUGGUUUGGGGGUUAGGGGUUUCACGGCGUGGCUUCACUGCAGACGCCUUCUAUUGAUGAUCAUAGCGCUGAUGAGCUGUUCCGAAAACCGAUUAACGGCCAACGGUAACGGUAGACGGUUGAUGUGCCGUGAGAACUGA